AUGAGACUAAUCAACCUGCUAUCGGUAGCAGUGGCUAUCUGUUCACUCUGUUAUGUGGAAGCUAACUCUGGACAUACCAAUAACUGGGCUGUAUUAGUUUGUACAUCUCGGUUUUGGUUCAAUUAUAGACACAUGGCCAAUGUACUGAGCAUGUACAGAACCGUUAAAAGGCUCGGUAUUCCGGACUCGCAAAUUAUUCUGAUGUUGAGUGACGAUGUUGCAUGCAAUUCGAGAAACCUUUUUCCCGGCAGUGUUUUCAACAAUGCGGAUCGAGCUCUGGAUCUGUAUGGUGAGUCUGUGGAAGUGGACUAUAAGGGCUAUGAAGUAACAGUAGAAAACUUCAUUCGUCUAUUAACGGAUCGCUGGAGUGAAGAGCAGCCGAAGUCGAAGAGGCUAUUAACUGAUGAGAAUUCUAAUAUCUUCAUUUACAUGACCGGUCAUGGCGGCGCUGAUUUCUUGAAGUUUCAAGAUGCUGAAGAGAUCUCCUCUCAUGAUAUCGCUGACGCUUUCGCCCAAAUGCAUGAGAAAAAGCGCUACAACGAAAUUUUUUUCAUGAUAGAUACUUGUCAGGCCAACACCAUGUAUUCACAAUUUUAUUCUCCUAACGUUUUGGCUGUGGGGUCUAGUAGAUUAGAUGAAAGCUCUUACUCCCAUCAUUCUGAUGUGGAGGUAGGUGUUGCUGUUAUCGAUCGUUUCACUUACUAUACCCUGGAGUUUAUGGAAAACAUCGGAAAAAACUCAUCCCUGACAUUGAAUGACUUGUUUGAGUCAUACACAUUUGAAAAGGUUCAUUCUCAUGUUGGUGUCAAGUCUGACCUUUUCCAGAGAGACCCAUCAGAAGUGCUGGUCACUGAUUUUUUUGGGAGCCUAAAACAUAUUAUUCGGGAUGACACCGAUUCUGUCGACGACUUUAACGCCUUGGUGACAGAUGGAGAAAAAGAAGACUACGUCGAACAUGUUUUGAAUUUGGCAAUAGAGAAGAGUCGAAAGAUUGUUCUGGAAGAAACAAAUGCUUCACCUAUAGGGCACACUGUGUUAGAUAACCCAGUAGAAAGCACACUGAAAUUUAACAAAAGUAGGGAUAACGGUUGGUCUAGUAAGCAAUCCGCCAUGUUUGUUCUGACUUCUCUCGUUAUCGUGAUAGGUGGAAUGCAGCUACGAAAACAAUCCAACCUUCGCAUGACAAACUUCUACGAUGUUAGUUAG